AUGGGUAAAUCGACACUUGAGGAUCUUCCUACCGAGCUCAAGAUUCUCAUUUUAUUCCAUGUGCCGGACAGCGAUACUCUCAAGUCCCUUGUGCUUGCAUCGCCCGGAUACCACAAUGCAUACCUUGCAGUGAGACAAGAACUACUUCGAUGUCUUGUAAAAAGGCAAUACACUGGAUUCCUUGACCUGGCAGAGGCUCUCACUGCUGUGCGGUCUAAAGGCGUGCAUUUCUCCUACCGGAGGGAAGAAGCGAUUACAUUGCUGGACAAAUGGCGCCGCAGAAAUGAAAUUCGUGAGCGCGGACAAUCCUCACUAGAACAAUACUCGCCAAACAACCUUGACGAGCCUGAAAGCCUGGAGGAAAUCUGGCAAUUUGAAAAGUUUGAUGACAUGGCAGAUGGGGGCCAGUACAUCAAUAUGGAACAUUUGGCAUAUCGGCUUUUUUAUGGUACAAUGCCCCCUUGGGAAUACGAGGAAAUGAGUGGCAUACUCUACUAUUUCGAUGCCAGGAUCAAAGAUAUCUCCAAGGAGAUGAAAAAUGACUUACGAGAACUCAUUAAGAGUACACCAUGCGAAUAUUUUUGGGAUAUUAUACCCCAAGAACAACGGCCACCUGGUGCAGCCAUUGAGAUCGAAAAUGAUCUUGUAUUCUUCGACGAAAACCAUUCACUCGGACUAGCAGGACUGGGACCUGAAUUUAUACAUGGCGUUCUACAUUUGGAUCGACUAUCUCGCCGGAAUGUCCUUUGCGGGAAUGCCAGGGCCUGCUACCUAUCAUUCAUUGGACCGGAGUUGGGAUUGUCGUGGGAUUAUAGGUUCCCUUUCAUUGAUCCUGCUGAUCAAUUUGAUACCCUAAAUUUUGAACAUUUCUGGUCCACUCUCUCGCCUCUUGAACAACCCACCGUGGGCUGGAAGAAAGCAUGGAUACUGCCUCAUAGCAAGGAGGAUGUAUUAGAAGAUGCUUUAAAUUACGAUCGCAACACAGAUCAGGACUGGGACUGGGGUUACGCUUGGUGGGAUGAGAGAAGACUGAAAGAAUGGAAAGCGCCAUUACUAUUGGAGAACACCGAAAUUAGUGAAGCCUCUGGGAGUGCUCAAGUAUCUUAG